UGAUUCAAAGAUUACACGAUCGCGUUAUUUUGUUCAUCUUGUUUGUAAAUAUAUUUUCUUUAAAUAUUCGUUGGUCAUCUUUCGGUAUAUGGUUUACACUUUUUUAGCAUUUAGCUGUUGUUGUUCUUGGUUAUUAAUUUUUAUUUUUUCGCUAUCUUAAUUAUACUUCUAAUUUUAAUUUUCCAUCAUGACAACGUUGUUGCAACUUUGUAAUAAAUAUUUUGGUACAGAAAAUUUAUAUGAGGUGUUGAAAACGAACAAGACAGCUACAGACAAAGAAGUUCGUAAAGCUUAUUAUGUGUUGUCAAUGAAAUACCAUCCUGAUAAAGUUAAUGAAAAGGAUAAACCUGAAGCCACUGAAAAAUUUAAAGUGAUUAGUAGAAUACAUGCGUUACUAAGUGAUGCUGAUAAAAGGAAGCUUUACAAUGAUACUGGAUCAGUUGAUGAUGAUAUUGAUCCUACAUCUGCUACAGAAGAUUUUCCAUGGGAAACAUAUUGGAGGUCAAUAUUUAGAAAGAUAACUGAUGACGAUAUCAGAGAGUAUGAAUUGAAGUAUAAAGGUUCCGAUGAUGAAAAGAGAGAUCUUAAGAAAGGAUAUCUUGCAGGAAAAGGAGAUAUGGAUUUUAUCAUUAAUAUGGUUCCAUUUAGUUCAGUAUAUGAAGAAGAUCGUAUUAGGGAAGCAUUAGAAAAAAUAAUUGAAGAAGAAGAUUUGCCAAGGUAUGAGGAGUUUACCAAUGAACUGCCUUCUAAAAAGAAAAAAAGAUUAGCUAAAGCCAAAAGAGAGGAAGCCCAAUGUGAAUUAGACAUGAAAAAAGAGAAAAAAAAUGAUUCCAAUGAUUUAAUUAUGGCAAUAAAAAAACGAUCAGCUGAAAGAGCAGAACAAAUGGAUAGUUUUGUAGCUCGAAUGGAAGCAAAGUACUGUCAAUCUAAUAGGCCUAAAAAAGCAAAAAAAAUUACCAAAAAGACUAAGUAAUUUAAAAAUUAAAUUGGAAAUUAUGAAAUAGAAAUAUUUU